CUCUACCUCCUCUUCAGUUGCCCAGUCAUGGGACUGCAGGUCACUUGACAGCCCUCCCACCAAACUCAACGUCUUUCAUUAAGAAAUAAGACAUGAUUUAAUAAACCUGCCCUGUUUUACCUUAGUACAAGCCAUGUGUCUAGUCAUUCUGUUAAACAUAACAUGGCAAAAGUGGACAUAGAAUGACCAGUUUUAUCUAGAUUUUUAACUAGAGUGUAGUAAUAACAAAGCCCCAUUGAUUCUCUCAAAUCUGAAUGGGGCCAUUCUCUGCAGGACAGUGAGUCCAGGCAGUGCUGAAAAAUCAUGGCUAUCACCGGGAGGCAGGCUACAUCAGGCUAAUUGAAUCAUAAGUAUUGGGGUGUGGAGAUUCUUGGAGUUAAUUAACAGAAUAUCAAGAGAAAGCAGCAGAGAUUUACCUUCAGAUGUCUGCGGCUGAGGAAGUCUAGAAAGCCUGGAUGAAGCUGAUUGGAAACUGACUUUAAGUUUUAAAGACAAGACUUCAACAGGUUUAUUGUGGUUAAGAUGAAGACAGAUGGUUUCUCCUAGAAAACAGCAAGAAAGAGACGACGUUAAGAGCUGAAGAACUGAACCACAAGAAUAUUUUCUCCCUGUGAGACAGAAACAGUCAGUAAUGUUGAAGCUGGUUUGUCCUCUGCUUCUCCUUUGUUUACUUCCAGCUGUGGUCCCCCUCUUCUGUUACACCUGUGUGUUCCCUGCCAUCUCACCUCUGGACUGCAUCAGAUUUCCUCUGAGGUGUCCACCCGGGCAGCUCUGUCUGUCCAGCAGAGCUGUGGGCGAAAAAGGAGACUUCCGUGUGGUGUUGUAUGAGAAGAGCUGUGUCCUGCCCUCCCUGUGUGGAGUCACAGGUGAAAAAUAUGCCAUGGGACUCAACUUCACCUUCACCAAUGAAUGCUGCAACACACACCUGUGCAACAGAGCUGCAACACCUGCUACGCCCUACUGGACUGGCACAUUACUCACACUACUUAUUUCAUACCCAGUUUGGUGAAUAGAAAAAUAUUAAAGCAAUGUGAGAGAGAACUAGUUUGACACACAUGAAGUGAAAUUGUCUUUACUGCCCUCAAAUAGGCUGACAUUGUACUCACUUUCCUUUUAGUAACUGUGCACUAAUCUGAGCUAAACCAAGGUUUGUUUUACCAUGAAUGUGAGAUGGAAAAAUAAUAUCUUUCUCUGAUUGUUGCUAAUAACAUCUAAAGACAUGCAUUUCUGUUUGCAGAGCUGUUUUUGAGUGGGGAAGAGUAUGAUAUGUUUUGCUUUUGUUGCCAUUUCUAGUAUUUUUAUACAAACUGUGAUAAAAUAAACUACCUCUACCCACCUA